AUGACAUUCGAACACUUGCUGACACUUCCUAGAACAAGUAGCUGCAAAAGUACCAACAAGAUCAUACCCUCAACCUACACAAGAUCAACAUCUCUCAAACCUGAACUUUCCGACGAUCUCAGUCUCUCUUACCAACCUAUCGUCCGAAAGGGCGCUCCGGUAAGCUUCCCACGCUUCUCCAAAACCCGUCUUGGAGUCUCCGAUCUCAUCCGAUCAUUUCUCAGCAUUCUCUCCUUCCCUUUAAUCCCCACUUGUCGCCGGUGGCUUACCAUACCAACCCAACUCUCCAUAACACCUUCACUUGGCCGGAAAGUUAUCGGCACUCUCUUCGGCAACCGGAGAGGCCUCGUGACGUUCGCCGUCCAAUACGAUUUACGAUCCGAACCUGUGUUACUUAUCGAACUGGCUGUUUCAACGUCGAGUUUAGUGAAGGAGAUGUCCUCUGGUUUGGUCAGAAUUGCAUUAGAAUGCGAAAAAGGCCCGCCGUCAGGCAACCCGUCACGUGCCCGGCCGGUAAAGUUGUUCAAUGAGCCUACGUGGACUAUGUACUGCAACGGCCGGAACUGCGGGCCAGCCAUGUCACGCACGUGCGGUGAGUCCGACUGGCACGUGCUCAAUACCGUCAGAAGCGUCUCAGUCGGCGCCGGUGUGAUUCCGGUGGUGGAAGAUGGCCAGAAAAGUGGUGGGUCAGAAGGUGAGUUGCUGUAUAUGAGAGCUAGGUUUGAGCGAGUCGUGGGGAGUCGUGACUCAGAAGCUUUUUACAUGAUGAACCCGGACGGCAAUGGAGGACCUGAACUCAGUAUAUUUCUACUUAGAAUAUGA